UUGUGAGCAAAAACUGCAGGGAGAAGUCAGGGACGAAGAGUGAGAAUACAUCCCUUAAAAUGGGUGCUAGUUUGACUCUGUGCUGCUGCCACUUCUUUCUGAAGUACAACAGAGAGAAGAAAAAACCACUCCUGCGCAUGAACACUGCCAAAACUUCCAAUACGCCCAUGACACCAGAGAAGCUUUCCAGUGAGUCCAGCGACACAGAGGAAGAGAACCAGUUUGACCAACAGCUCACAACGAGGACUCCAUUGACCACGCAGAGGACGAAUAGGCACAGUGCAUCAAGGAGAAGGGAAUCGGACCGAGAGCUGCAGGCUUUCAUCAGCAUGAGGAAUCAGGUUGACCAGGCAACAGAGGAAUGGGAACAACUGAAUUUUGACAUCCACACUCUACGCUAUGCCAAACGAGAAGUGAGAGCAAGAUGGAAGAAAAUCCUGCUGCAGUUAGGUUAUCAGUCUGAGGUAGAUACGCUGUUGUACGUCAACAAACAAAAUUACUUGAAUCGAGACCAAGAGAGCCUCACCAGAGCGACUGAACUCUUAACCCAGUUGUUGGAACACACUUCCCUGUUUCCUGCAGGAACAGGACAUCGGACCAGAUACCUCUAUGUCAUGGACCGCCUGGUGUCCCUGGACAGCGCCGAUGAAUUUGUCAGACUGGCGAUGGAAAAAUAUCCAAAGGCUGCGACACUAGAACUGACAACUGAGAAUGGCAGUGAAUGAGUUAAGGGUUACAAGCAAAAAAUAAUGCAGAGGUAUAAGGCGGAAAACAUUCAGGUGACUUAAAGUUCUGCUCUGAGAUCCCCAAUUUGGCCAAAUUUAAAAAUUGUGUGGUACAUCAUUGGAAAGCUUAAAAUCUAAAUUUUCUUGGGGGAGAAAAUUUUUGAACAGGAAGGCAUUUAAAAAAAAUAAAUAAAUAAAAAAAUAAACAGCGAAACCCUAACUGGAGGUGAGAGCACGAGAGAGCAGAAUUAAAGACUCCAUGAUUUUAACGAGAUAUUAUCGCGUACUUACCUCUUUUCGUUCCAAAAACUCCAUGUAGCAUGUAUCACUGAAUGUCAAGAGAAAGCUGUGAAUGGCCACAGCCGGAUUUUCGGGGGAUUUUAUGGGUGAAAUAUGGUAAUAUAACAAAAGUCAUGAUGCAGAAAUCGCAGACAACAAAAAGUGAUCGAGAUGUUCUUUUUCAUACAUUUAUCCUUUUAAACGUUGUUUUUCAAUUUUUCUUUGUUUUGAUUGACAGGGGUGUCCAAACUUUUUGCAAAGGGGGCCAGAUUUGGUGUGGUAAAAAUGUGGGGGCCCGACCUUGGCUGACGUCCUUUACGUAGAACAAUAUAUUUAAGCAAAUUUUAGCAAGCCAUUCUGUGUGUCACAUUUGCUUUAUUAUUAUUAUUUUUAAUUAAUAAUUUCAACAAUUUCGCAACUAGCCUUUGUGGCGUUCAACUCUCAGGAUCUUGCUGCUGUGAAAUUAAACUAGCUUCAAGUAGCUUUAAUUUCUCACUGCGUAUCUUCCCUGUAAUCUUGUCGUACAUGUCAGCGUGUCUUGUUUGGUAAUAUUGCCUCACAUUGAACUCCUUAAAAAUAGCGACUGUUUCUUUACAAAUAAGCCAGACACAGUUGUUGUGUAUUUUAGUGAAGAAAUAGUCCAAUUUCCACCUAUCCUUGAAGCGUCGGCCGUGGAAGUCAACUUUUUGUUGUUGUUGAUUGCUGCCAUUUUAGAAAAUUGGAAGUUAAGCGUCACAGGGGGUAACGUUGCUUAGAGUGCUGCUGCCUUUUAGUGGGUAAAUGAGGAGCAGCAUUUAAUGUGUAAGCUACUUCAUAUGCUGGUAGCAGUACUGCUGACCAAUUUAUUAAGUCUGUGUGCGGGCCAGACGUUAUUGAUCUUAUGACAGAGGCUGGGGGCCGGAUGAAAUUUGACCACGGGCCGGAUUUGGCCCCCGGGCCGCACUUUGGGCAUGUCUGAGCUAACAUAUUGGGGAAAAUGCGACUAAUAAAAAAAAAUAAUAAAUACAAUUAAGCGAUAGUUAUGAGGUAGAUAUCUGUGACUUAUUUACAGACGCGAUUUCUGACGUAAUUUCUUUAAAACUUUAAAAUAUGCGAGAGAAUAAUUUUUUAAAGUCGUUUUUUUUUUCUUUUUUUAAAAACUAAAUAGUAGACAUCAAUUGAUGAUUCUAAGCUAAAAAUGACAAACAUUUGUAGUAAUAAAUAUAAUUACCGUAUUUUUCGGACUAUAAGUCGCAGUUUUUUUUCAUAGUUUAGCUGGGGGUGCGACUUAUGUGUGAAAUUAUUAACACAUUAUGAUAUCAUUUCACAUGUUGUUUUGGUGUUUUAGAGUGUCACUGACGGUUUGGUAAACUUGUUAGCGUGCCGUUGAGUUCGUGCUACUCACCGAGCAGAGCCCGCGCCGCCGUGCUCCACACAAGUUCCCCAGGCGAACUCUGCCACGAGGCAGUGGUCACCACAAAAGAAAGACUCAAAAA